AUGGCGGAUCGAAAACGGUUCGAUCCAAGGCCUAUGGAGAGUCGGCAAACCUCCGCACGAGAAAUAAAGGGUGCGCGCUGGAGAUACCUUCUCGCCGGGGCUCUAGGAAUCCUAUGGUGGACGCUGCCGUAUCCAACCCGACAUGUAAUCUCUGAACCGCUGUCAAACUCGGCACCGGUAGAGGCGUCGGUCCCUUUUGACUGGGAGCACAUUACGCCGUCUGAAUCUCUAGAGUACUCGAACUGUGGGGACGGCUUCCAAUGUGCCCGGCUCGAGGUGCCGAUGGAUUACAAUCGUACAGACUCGUUGGGCCGAAAAUUUACGUUGGCAGUGGUGCGCCUCCCGGCCAAAGUUCCCAUCGAAGACCCUCGAUAUGGAGGUGCAGUUUUAAUUAACCCAGGUGGUCCUGGAGGUCCUGGAACCCUACAGGCUCUUAUAUCGGGCCGCAAUCUACAGCUCAUUAUAGAUUCAGAUAAUGACCCCAGUUCCGCGCCAGUGGACUCGGGCGAUAAAUAUUUCGACAUUAUUGGUUUCGAUCCUCGCGGUGUAGGUUCUACAACGCCGGCGGUGACAUGUUUUCCCGAUGCACACUCACAGCGGAAUUGGGAGCUGCAGAUGGAUGCAGAGGGGAUGUUGGGAAGCGGACCCGACGCAUUACGGAGGAAUUGGCAGCGCACUCAAGCACUCAAUUCCGGAUGCUCUGUUUGGGAAAUGGCAUCGGGAGGCAUUCAAGGCGAUGAGGCUAUGAUGGAGUACGUGAGUACUCCGCUUGUGGCUCGCGAUAUGAUCUCUAUCAUCGAACGUCACGGUGAAUGGCGGGAGAAAGAGGGCGAAAAAGCCCAAAGGAUCUAUGAUCAGACCCAAGGGCCCGAUGUCUCGCGGGAAAUCCUUCGGCGAACGCAGUGGAAAGUUGGUCAGGAGGUUUUGCUGUAUUGGGGCCGAUCCUAUGGCACCCUGUUGGGCAUGACUUUCGCGGCCCUCCAUCCACAUCGUGUCUCACGCGUUAUUCUCGACGGGGUAGUCGAUAUGGAGAAGUACUACGAGGGCCGAGGUUCGAAUGUGGUGGUUGACUCGGAUGCGAUAUUCGACCGUUUUGGGGAUUAUUGCAACCAAGCUGGCCCUGAGGAUUGUCCUUUUUACUUCGAGGGAGGUCCAGAAGCUAUCACCGAUGCUUACUGGACUCUGGAGAAUCAGGUGCUGAACGCCUCUGUUCCGGUAAUGGCAUCCUUUACUCGCGGACCUGAAGUUGUCACCUGGACGGAUAUGAAAACUCUUCUCCGUGUCGCCGUCUAUCAGCCCCUUCUCUCUUUCCACUCCUUUGCCUACCACAUGAGCGAGCUUGCUAAAGGCAACCCUGUUCCCAUGGCAGAUUUCAAGCACCGUAAGCAUUUCGGGGCAUGCCCGUCUAGCGAGUGCCAGCUUGACGGACCGUGGUCACCCGCAUGUGCAAGUUCGCAAGAGAACACUCUCUAUGCAAGUGCUGCUAUUCUCUGUACCGAUGCAGAAUACAUGACGAAGCACACUGAAGAGCAGUUUGAGAAAGUUUGGACUAGCACUCGGGCCGAUAGUGCAACUCUUGGCGAUUAUUGGAGUCAGUUGCAACUAGCUUGCGUGGGCUGGAAAGCCAAGGCCAAACAAAAGUUUUUGGGUCCCUGGGGUGCCGAAACGGCGCAUCCGAUGCUCUUCGUUUCCAAUCUGUUGGAUCCGGUGACUUCUCUUAGCAGUGCACAGCACAUGUCUCAACUAUUCCCUGGAUCUGUCCUACUCCAGCAAAACUCAGAAGGGCACACCACUAUAGCAGCCCCUUCGGUAUGCAUUGCUAAGGCAAUUCGCAAAUACUUCCAGAUCGGCGAACUUCCCCCUCCAGGAACGCUUUGUGAGGCUGAUUUGAAGCCAUUGAUUGGAGCGCCUGAGCAAGUCGUUGCUCAAGAACUUAGUUCCGCCGACCUUGAACUCUUCAACGUGCUCAUGGCCGAAGUAAAGCAGGGAUUUCUCCCCCGUUUGACUGUUUAG